GAAGCCAGCUCUUUGCCUGGAGGGGAUCCGCCAUCUCAGAUCUCUCGGCCUUGCCAGGGCCCACCAGAGAAAACUGACGUCCCGGUCCUAUCAUACUUAUGGGGGACCAACCUUGUGCCUCCGGGAGAUCCACACUCCCACCUGGAAACACGCGGGAACCAAAGCCUCCCAAAAAGCGCUGCCUCCUCGCUCCGCGGUGGGAUUAUCCAGAAGGCACUCCCAGCGGAGGCAGUACCACUCUCCCCUCGGCGCCUCCUCCUGCGUCAGCCGGCAUGAAGUCUCACCCUCCUCCUCCGGAGAAAUCCUGAAAUAUAUUUUUCCCACCUUAAAUCAGUCUUUGAGGAAUUUCAGUAUGACUUCAUUUCCUUAGUGCAUUUGUAAAAUAGUUCACCCAUUGAAGACUAUGAAGAUUAUUUACAAUGCUAUCCUGCUUUUUCUGAUGUGCUGCAUCUCGAAGUUGUGAUGUUAAAGUUUUAUGAUGUAAUGAGUGUGAUUUCACUUCCUGAAUUUGGAUGAAUUCUGAGACAUGGGCAAGAUCAGGUUUUAGACUUCUAAGACUGGAGGCCGUGGCCAUGGAUCAUGGUAAACUCACCAAAGCAAAUAAUGCCCAUGAGAUGGUCCUGCCGAAACCAACCUUUGCUGUCUUUUGGUGAUACCCAGUUCUUGCUGUAUUACUUAAAAUUUCAUAUAUCCAUUAAAGUCUAAAUAAAUUUGUGUCAUUGAUGUUUUA